AUGACUACUUGUCUUGUGAAGCUCCCAAAUGUCAUAAAUGAAAUUGCAAUCUCCUGUGUGUAUGGUUCAAAUUGCAGGAUUGAGAGACGCACGCUUUGGCAAGAAUUGGAAGCCUGCUCCUCAUUUCCGCAGCUGGUAAACAUCCCGUGGCUUAUUUAUGGUGAUUUCAAUGAGAUAUUAGAUCCCUCAGAACACUCAAAGAUUGACCAAUUCUCUUUCCCACGGGGCAUGAGGGACUUCAAGGAGUGUAUUGACGAAUGCUCUCUCUUUGACCUUCCUUACUGUGGGAACUCUUUCACUUGGUCCAAUGGACAUGUGUCAAAAAAGCUGGAUAGAAUUCUCACUAAUUCAGCUUGGCUACAGCAAUUUCCGGAAUCUAUUGGUGUCUUUGGAGUUCCGGGUAUUUCUGAUCACUCUCCAUGCUGUGUAUUCCUUGACCAACACAGGCCAAAGCAGAAACGACCCUUUAAAUUUUUCGCUCACCUGAAUCAACAUGAGGAUUUUGUUGAGAUCCUUGGUAACUGUUGGAAUUCUUUGGAUUUUCAUGGUACUAAUCAGCUAAGAGUUUCUAAAAAGUUGAAAGAGCUUAAGGGAGUUAUUAAAACCUUCAGUAGAGAACACUUCUCUCAUCUAGAGCAACGGGUUGAAGAAGCUUUCACGGAUCUUUGUCUUGCUCAAGCAAACUCUCUUGAUAACCCACCGCCUACUGCUACUAAUUUAGAGAGAGAUGCGCAUCACCGUUGGCAUGUACUAGCAAAGGCUGAGGAUUCCUUUCUGAAGCAGAGAUCGAGGGUUCAAUGGUCUGUCGAUGGGGAUUCAAACACUGCAUAUUAUCACAGAAUAAUUAAAUCAAGGCAAGCUCAAAACCAAAUUGUGUUUCUGGUAGGCAGGGAUGGAACUAUUAUUGAUGGGAUUGAGGACAUAAAAGAGCAUGAUGUUGAUUACUACACUCUUCUUCUCGGCGGCCCAACUUCAUCAGCUGCUCCUUCUCCUUCUGUUAUCGCCUCUUUCCUGCCUCUUCGUUGCUCUCCUGAGGCUGUGAGUCUCCUUGAUGCAGGUUUCAGUGAUCUCGAUAUUCAGACAGCUUUCUUUGCUCUUCCAAAGUCCAAAGCUCCUGGCCCGGACAGUUACCCUGCAGAGUUCUUCAUAGCGAACUGGAGGGUGGUUGGGAUGGAUAUGAUAGCAGCAAUCAAAGAAUUUCUUACUACAGGCUGUCUCCUACAGCAAUGGAACUCAACUAUCAUCUCCCUGAUCCCCAAGAAGCCUAAUGCGAAUCAGAUGAAUGAGUUUAGGCCAAUAUCGUGUUGCAAUACUGUCUACAAGGUAGCCUCUAAGCUUCUUGCGAACAGAAUAAAAGCAGCUUUGCCAAAGCUCAUCUCAUCUUCUCAAUCAGCUUUUGUACCGGGGCGCCUUCUGGUUGAGAAUGUGUUGUUAGCUACAGAGCUUGUCUCUGGGUAUAAGUGGAAAGACAUCUCAAAGCGAUGUAUGCUGAAGGUUGAUCUGCAAAAAGCGUUUGAUUCGAUCAACUGGGAUUUUAUCUUGAACACACUAGAUUCUCUCGGGUUUCCUUCUCACUUCCGGAAACUGAUUUCUCAGUGUAUUUCCACCACCAGAUUCUCUGUUUCAGUGAAUGGGGAGCUUUGUGGUUAUUUUAAAGGAACAAAGGGAUUGCGUCAGGGAGACCCGCUAUCUCCCUAUCUUUUUGUUAUCGCCUUGGAGGUCUUUUCCCAAAUGCUCAAUGCGAAAUUCAGAGUAGGAGACGUUGGCUAUCAUCCCAAUACAUCAGAGAUUGAGGCUACGCAUCUGGCAUUUGCUGAUGACAUUAUGAUAUUCUUUGAUGGUGAGAAAAGCUCCCUUGACAACAUUGUUGAUACUAUGGAGUUAUUUGCCACAUGGUCGGGAUUAAGAAUGAAUAAGGACAAGACGGAACUAUUCGUUGGAGGCUUGAAUCAGGCUGAAACUACUGACCUUACUAGUCUCGGGUUCAACCUCGGUUCAAUGCCUGUCCGCUACUUGGGCCUCCCUCUUAUGCAUCGCAAGCUGCAAAUCUCCAACUACAGACCACUUCUCCAAAAAAUCAAGGGACAUUUUCCUGCUUGGUCUACAAAGAAGCUAUCUUAUGCUGGUCGUGCUCAGUUGAUCUCUUCGGUUAUCUAUGGCACCAUAAAUUUCUGGACAUCUGCGUUUGUUCUCCCAAAAGGAUGCAUCAAACAAAUCCAGAGGCUUUGCUCUCGUUUCCUAUGGACUGGAAAUAUCACGCGCAAAGGAGUUGCGAAAAUUGCGUGGAGUACAGUGUGCUUACCGAAAAAAGAAGGAGGACUGGGGCUCAGGGAUUUUGAGACGUGGAACAAGACUCUUUGCCUAAAGCUUAUUUGGAUGUUAUAUACACCAAACCCGUCACUGUGGGCUUCUUGGAUCAGGAAAUACAAAAUUGGAGAUGAAAGCUUCUGGAGCUUAGAAGCUAAAAAGGCGGGAUCUUGGACAUGGAGAUCUCUACUGAACCUGCGCCCUAUAGCUUCAAACUUUCUGAAAGCAAAUCUUGGGAAUGGACAGAAAAUUAGUUUUUGGUGGGACAUUUGGACCCCUCUUGGUCGCUUGAUUGAAUUAUUUGGCGACUCGGGCCCGAGAGAACUCUGCAUUCCUUUAUAUGCUUCAGUUGCUGAUACUUGUGAUGAGAAUGGCUGGCGGUUGAGAGGCGCUCGAUCUCUUGCUGCAGAAAGCCUUCAAAUUCAUCUCACGGGUAUUAUUCUUCCUUCACUCUCUCAGGAUAAUGAUGUGUUUCACUGGGUUAUUGAUGGUGAUGCUAUGCCUCGUUACUCUGCCUCUCGUACUUGGGAAGAGCUACGAAACAGAGCACCGUUAGUCUCUUGGUCCAUCAAUGUAUGGUUCAAGAUGGCCACGCCUCGUCACGCCUUCCUCAUGUGGAUUGCGCAUAAUGAUAGAAUGCCUACACGGGUGAGACUAUCAAGCUGGGGUUUAGGGACUUCUACAAGCUGUUGUCUCUGUGAUUCAGCUCUGGAAACAAAAGAUCAUCUUCUUCUGGGUUGUGAAAUCAGUGAACAGAUUUGGAAACUGGUUCUUCGACGGUUGGGCUAUACACAUUCAGCCUUCAUGACUUGGACUUCUUUUAUUGAAUGGAUUUCUCUAAAGGACUCCACUACUCCUUUGAUUCUCAAGAGGCUGGUUGCUCAUGCAACUAUCUACAACAUUUGGGCAGAGCGGAAUAAACGCCUGCACCAGGGAAUCUCCUCAACUCCUCAAACGAUCUACAAGCUCAUAGACCGCAACAUCAGAGACACGAUCUUGGGGAAGAAAAACAUCAAGAAGAGCUUCAAAACACUUAUGCUAUCAUGGCUAAGAAAUGUUUAG